AUGGAACGAUUCUUUAAAAGAAAAUUAUCUACGGAUAGUUCUUCUCUGUCUAAUCUGGGUAGUUCAAAUGCAAGACCAAUUGAAGUAGAUGAGAUCUUGCAAUUUCUUGCGGAUCAUGAUGAAAAAGUUAAGGCCGUUGUGUUGGAAAAUACUCCGGGAAAUUUAAAGUUAAUAGCUCCUUCAAUUCAAAAAGAUCUUGUCAAUUCUUGUGCCAAAGAAACCAUUGAUCUUAUCUUGAGUGAUGUAAAAGAUAGAUAUUUUUCAAUAAUGGUGGAUGAAGCACGUGAUGCUUCAAUAAAGGAGCAAAUGGCGAUGGUGUUGCGUUAUGUGAAUGACAAAGGACAAAUAAUUGAAAGGUUUGUGGGGGGUCAACAUGUAACCGACACUACUUCAAGUGCACUAAAGGAAGCAAUUGAUGAAUUCUUUUCUUCCGCGAAUUUGAGCUUUUCCAAGCUACGAGGACAAGGUUAUGAUGGAGCUAGCAACAUGAGAGCUCUUGUUGCGGUAGCAAAGAAAAAUAUUGAUGUCAACUCUUUUUUCACAACGGCUAAUAGUUUGGUUAAUGUUGUUGGAGCAUCUUGUAAGCGUCGCGAUGCACUUAGAGCACAAUACCAAGAAGAGCUUGUGAGAGCUUUUGAAGAUGAUUGUCUUAUAACGGGGCGGGGCUUAAAUCAAGAAAGGACUCUCAAACGUGCCGGCGAUACACGAUGGAACUCACAUUAUGGUACGUUGAUUAGUAUCAUUUCUAUGUUCCCAUCUGUGGUGAAUGUGCUUCAAAUAAUUGUUGAUGAUAAUCCUAAUGAUAGUUCGGGUGAAGCCUAUAAGUUAUGGAGAGAAAUACAAUCUUUUGAGUUUGUGUUUCACUUAUUUGUAAUGAAAGCUAUAUUGGGAAUAACAAACACUUUGUCUCUAGCAUUGCAAAAGAAAGAUCAAGACAUUGUGAGUGCAAUGAAUUUAGUGAAAACAUGCAAGGAAAACCUGCAGUUGAUGAGGGAUAAUGAGUUUGAAGAAUUGGUUGAGCAAGCAUCCUCGUUUUGUUACAAACAUGAUAUUAUAGUUCCUACCAUGGAUGAGGAAUAUGUAAUUCCAGGGAGAUCACGGCAUAAUGCUCCAAUGAAGACAAAUUAUCAUCGUUAUCGUGUGGAGAUCUUUAUUCAUGUAAUUGAUGGGCAACUUGCGGAGUUAAAUGAUCGCUUCAACGAGGUAAGUACUGAGUUACUUACUUGUUUGGCAUGCUUGAGUCCAAAAAAUAACUUUGUGGCUUUUGACAAACGAAAGCUAGUUCGUCUUGCUCAAUUUUAUCCUUAUGAUUUUUCGGAUAGAGACUUAUUGAUGCUUGAAGAUCAACUUGGUGUUUAUGUUCAUCAUAUGCGUUCGAGUAGUGAUUUUUCUCAAUUGGAAGGGAUUAGUAGUCUUGCAGAAAAAAUGGUGGAGAAAGGAAUGCAUGAAAUAUUUCCUUUUGUGUAUUUGCUUCUUACAUUGGCUUUGGUUUUACCGGUUGCAACUGCAUCAGUGGAGAGGGCAUUUUCCGCUAUGAAUAUUAUUAAAAAUCCACUUCGCAACAGAAUGGGAGAUCAAUGGUUGAAUGAUAGCUUGAUUGUUUACAUUGAGAGAGAUGUUUUCGCUUACCUUCCACCUAUGGGUCCUAACAUACCUCUCUCAUCAUCAAACAAGCAUGGGCUUGUUGACGGAAACUAUGAAGGUUAUAAAACUCCAAUCCGUAGCCCCAAGUCCCCGAAAAUCAUCUCUGAUUACCCUCCCGGUUAUUCAUGUCGAUAUGGUUUCGUUGAGAUGUGCAAUGUUGUGGCUUUGGAAGAAGACCCAGAUUGUGUUAGUACUAGAAGGAACUUAACCGUACUCAAAAGUAUAAGUGAGGAAGCAAUUGUACAGCAUGCACAUACGUUGGUGGUCAAUAUUUUUGCAAUUGGCUAA